CUACUAUUCCUGUGUAGGGUCCUUAGCCUCCGGUGUCAUUGGUGAAUGACCGAAUAUGUCACACUGCAGGUUGUUUGCCAGGCUGCUUUUGCAGCAAAGUGGCGUCAGGCACUGUUAUACAGGAACAAGACAGAACCUAUACAUCGGCAAGAACACUAAGGUCAUCUGUCAAGGUUUCACAGGAAAGCAGGGGACAUUUCACAGUCAACAGUCUAUCGACUAUGGAUCACAGUUAGUUGGAGGAGUGUCCCCAGGCAAGGGGGGUAAGACGCAUCUCGGCCUGCCUGUCUUCAACUCAGUCAAGGAGGCGAAGGAAGGCACUGGAGCUGAUGCCACCGUGAUAUAUGUGCCCCCUCCAUUUGCUGCAGCUGCCAUCAUUGAGGCCAUUGAUGCUGAGAUUUCCCUGAUAGUAUGCAUUACUGAGGGCAUCCCCCAGCAAGACAUGGUGAAAGUGAAGCAUAGACUUCUGCGCCAGAACACCACUCGUCUCAUCGGCCCCAACUGCCCAGGAGUCAUUAAUCCUGGAGAGUGCAAGAUUGGGAUCAUGCCCGGCCACAUUCACAAAAAAGGAAGGAUCGGCAUUGUGUCUAGAUCAGGAACUCUGACAUAUGAGGCUGUGCACCAAACGACUCAAGUUGGCCUUGGUCAGUCCCUCUGCAUUGGUAUUGGCGGGGAUCCGUUCAACGGUACAAACUUCAUAGAUUGCCUGGAGGUGUUCCUGCAGGAUCCCAAGACAGAGGGCAUCAUCCUGAUUGGGGAAAUUGGAGGCAAUGCAGAGGAGAAUGCAGCAGAGUAUCUUAAACAACACAACUCCGGUGCUAAUGCCAAGCCUGUGGUGUCCUUCAUCGCUGGGCUAACAGCUCCUCCCGGGCGAAGGAUGGGUCACGCCGGUGCUAUCAUUGCUGGUGGAAAAGGAGGCGCCAAAGAGAAAAUUGCUGCCCUGCAGUCAGCUGGAGUUGUAGUCAGCAUGUCCCCUGCCCAGCUGGGCAGCACUAUGUUCAAGGAGUUUGAGAAGAGGAAGAUGCUGUGAACAGUUUGAGCAGACACGUGUCCUCCAAGAUGAACAACCCGAUUCUGGAUGUGCAUAUGUUCCUAUUCUCUAUCCCCAGAUAUAUCAGCAACUCUGAACACACAUUCAGUGUUUAUGUUGUAAUUCUGUCAUAAAAUUGCACAUGAUGAAAGAAAAUGUGUCUUGUUGGUAUCUUGGAAGAGGCCAUUGUACACCAUGUAGAGCUUUGCGUAUUCACUUAAGAGCAAAUACCACCAUUGUACCCUUUGCGCUACUUCACCUGUUGUUGUAAGAUGUGUACUGGGUCCCUGUUUUUUUGUCAUUCCACCAGACAUCAGUGCGAUGCAAGCUGUCUUCUAAUUCUAUUUUUUUUUCUUGGCUUUCUAUUUGAAAGCAUCAUGAGUAAUAACAUUUUAAAUAGUGCAUGAGUGUUGCCUAUUUAAAGGAAUACAUUACUUUCCAGUGUAAUUUUCAAAGCCUGUCUUGAUUUGUCAGAUACUCAUUUAGAGCUAGAUGCAGGAUAAUGUCAUAGGAAUUUCAGUAUACUGUGCACAUCAAGGCUAAGUAUUAAAUUUAACAUUGCAUUUUUCUAUGCCAAAUCUGAAAAUUAAAGGUGUUGUUUCAUUUCA